UUAGAUUUGUCUAGCUAUUUAUCGUUAUACAAUGUGGUGUGUAGUUGUUUUUAAGGAUGAUAAUUCGGUUGAAGCUGUGCCUUCGCAUUGGUAUAAAAACCAUAAAUGCGCUUGGCCGAGAAAAAAUGCUAAAAAAAUGAUAACACGCAGAUCAUCACCAAAUAUAUUGGAAUUUGAUUAUUUAGAAGCCCGUAAAUUGAAUAAUAAAAGCUAUGACACUUAUGCAAUAGCUCGAAACAAAGCUAAAAUAUCUGAAAUUACCUCUGAUCUAUCUACUACUGAACUAUCUGAAUCAACCCAAAACUUAUACCAUACAAAAAACAUUAAAAAAAGGAAAAUUGAAAAAAAGAAAAAAUUGUAUGAUGAGGAAAUGUGGAGUCCAGCUUCUGAUGAUGAUUUAAUAAUUGAACAAGAAGAUAUCAAUACAGCAAUGGAAUCCAAUACAUCUAUGGAAUUGAACAUUGUGAAAGUUACACCAACUGGUUCAACAUUACAAUCAGAUAAUAUUCCCAGUGGAACAUUAAAUGUAAAAAGAAAGCUAAGUUAUUAUGUAGAACAUAGUGUACCAGAGUCACCAAAAAUUCAGAAAGGUUCGGAAUUUCCAUCAAAUACUGUAAUUUUUUCAUCAUCUUCUCCAUUUAAAGUGACGACUGAAGAAAAUAUACCUCAAGCUGUUCAAUCACUUCAAAUGGAGAGUACUAGUAACAGAAAAGAAAAAAACUUAUUCGAUUUGUCAGAUUAUCUGCAACCUUCUCAACAAUCGUUGAAUUUGUCAACAGACUAUCAACCUGCUCAAAAAGAUAAAUUACUAGAUCUUAUGUACAAAAUGAACCGUACUAUAUGUAAUAUCAAGUAUGAUAUUAUGUCACUAUCUGACAAAACUGAUGGUUUAAUAAAUACAUCUGAAAAAACUGGUUAUGGUGAGAUGUUAACUGAUGAGGAUACAAUUCAAAAGGAAAUAUUUCAAAUCCUUCCUAUAGAAAAUGAAGAAGACUUGUCAUUGUUUGAAUCUAAACUUUCCAAUCAGGAAUUCAGUGCAAAAGUUUAUACUUUGGGUCAAAAUGCCCAAUUAAUUAAUACAGAUAAAUCGUGUUUUGAUCACCGCCAUGCAAGUGAUAGCACUUUAAAUCGGCAACAAAUAGGCAAUGCUUGCAAAAGAAAAGCUGUAGACUCUAUAGUUGAAAAACCGUCAAAAAUAAUACGAAAAGAAGUAUCAAAUUAUGCUAACGAAGGAGAUUUUAUUGCACCCGACUUAAAACUCAUAGCAAGGAAUAUUCAUAAUGCAAGGAUGCAUUGUUUCCCCAAACUGCCAACAUCAAGAAAAGAAGUUCACGAAAUAUUAAAUUUUGAAAUAGCAAUGCAUCAAGCAGUUUUUGAAAUUUUUCCGGAAAUAGAGGUGUUUGGAUGUCGUUUUCAUUUGGGCCAAGCUUGGUACCGCAAAAUUCAAAAUUUAGGUUACGCACCACAAUUUAAUUCUGCAAAUGACGAUGUAGGAAAAUGGUUAGUACAUAUUUUUGGACUUCCUUUUCUCAAUCCAGAGGAAGUGGCAGAAUGUUUUACAGAAUAUUUUAUGGCAGACAAACCUGAAAAUGCAGCUAUAACCGAAUUUUGUGAUUAUUUGAAUACCCUGCCCAUUUUGGCGCACGCGACUGAGCCGCCGGCCAGUGUUGGUAUGGAUGCUUCAGCUAAAUUCCCACCAGGAGCUAUAAAAUUUCCCGUUUUUACUCAAAAUUUCCCUUCGGUGGUGCCAUCUAGUGGAUUAUAA